AUGGUUGAUUUAAAAGACUUACUUCCCGCGCUUAGAAGUAUGGGAGCAUCGAGAAUGGUGGCCAUUGCACAGAAAGUUGGCUUAACCGAGACCUUGCACAGCAAUAACUAUACAAUACUUUGUCCUCUCAACUCAGCUUUGGAAUCCUUUGAUGUAAAAUACAAGCGAAAAAAAAAACAACUGAAGAAAAAUGUUAAACUAACGAAAAAGCGGAAACUGCAGAAAUCAAAGCUAUCGGAUUUGAUAACAAGCCACAUGAUACAAGGAUUUCACAAAAUGGAUGAAUUGUCUGACGAUAGAAUACUUCAAGCAGUAAAUCAGGCUACCAAAAUCAGAUUUAACAUCUAUUAUAACCCAGAAAAGGUUGUGACAGCAAAUUGUGUUCCAAUCGUGUCCGGCGAUCACUUUGCUCGAAAUGGUGUCAUUCACCAAAUACAAAAGGUAUUGCCUAGGCCAUAUAAGACUGUGGUAGAUGUCAUAGCUGGAGAUGCACAGUUUUCUGUACUUAAGGGACUACUGAGCCGUGCGGGAUUAGUGCAGACUUUGCGAAACCCGAAUGGAACAUAUACUGUCUUUGCUCCUACCGAUUCUGCAUUUUCUUCUCCUUUGUCAGGACAUAGACCUCAGACUGAAAACAGAUGUGCAGUCAGUUUGAUUAAACACCACGUAAUAGCUCACGUGGUCUGCUCAUCGGCCUUACCUCAUCAUGCGAGAACCUUAAAUGUAAUUGGAGAGAUUCUGAGUCUGACAAGAGACAAACAUAACAAGCUGUAUGUGGAUGAUACUCAGAUAGUGGUGAGAGAUAUCAUGGCAACGAAUGGCGUUGUGCAUGUUAUCGAUGGCGUUCUAUCAACUAGACAAGCUCAGAGUAUUAGUCAAGUAUUGGAGGCAUCAGGUUUAAAGGAAUUUCUUAAUUUACUUGAAAGAGCAAAUCUGAAAACCACUUUUGAUGCAUUGGAGAACGUUACGUUCUUUAUUCCAUCCAAUGAAGUAAUACAGGGAAGUAUUCCUAGACACUUGAAUUCCAUGCUGAAUAGCAAUAAUACUCUUGCUGACCUCUUGUUAUACCAUGUAGCGGAAGGCCAAACAGACCUGAAGAUCCCAGAACAAAGAUUAAAUUCAAAAUUACCAAAUGCAUCGAUUCGAGUUCAAAUUCGUUCAUCAUAUCCACACGCCACUCCAAAAGUAUUAGUCCAGUGCGCUACAAUGGUAAGCCUCAAUCAUAAGCUGUGCGGUGGAACAUUUCAUGUCAUCAACAGGAUUCUCUCGCCUCCCAAGCAAACUAUUAUGGAGUUUUUGGAGAGGAUUGAAGGCUUUUCUACAUUUGCUCUUCUUCUGAAAGCAACAGGUCUUGAUAGGAGGAUGAUGAAUAUAGAUUCUCAGCAUACCCUAUUGGCACCCACCGAUGAUGCAUUCCAUAGAAUGGGGCAAGAUUUCCUUUUUCAGUUAUUGGAAGAUCUUGAAAUGAGCACAGCUCUACUCAAAAUGCAUAUCAUGUCUGGUGCCGUAUGUUGCUCUCAACUGACAGGGGACCUGCUGUCCGGCCGUCAACAAAGUCGCGCCAUUGAUGGAUUCCUGUUACGAAUGGAGCGGUCCCGACAUGGAUCCUUGCUGGUAGGAGGCGCUCGCAUCGUCGACUGCGACAUUAUGGCAACAAACGGAAUUGUACACAUGACAGACGCAAUUAUAAGUCCCGAUUUUUGGGCUACGCAUAGGGACGGUCUCAAGAACAAUGUCUUCGUAAGAUUUUAGAUCACAAAGAAACUUCUUUGAGAAGAGAGACCGCGAAGCUUGAUAUUCACACUGUCCAUAAAGUAGUCUCACAAAAUACAAGACUGUGAUUUGUUCAAACAACAGUGGCAUAAUAUUGUGAUAAUAUGUAAGGAAUCGUUUGCAUUUCUGAUUAGUGUGUACAUGUUUGGCAUUACUGAAAUCCUGAUUAAUUUGGGAUUAUUUGCCUAUACCACUUCUUAUCACAAAUUCUAUUUCAUUAGUCAAUUACUAAUAUAUAUACAAAAAUUCUUCAAAAUGCAGAACGAGAACUGAUUUGAAUAAAAGUAUAAGAUUUAUUUAUUCUAAUUUAUUCUAAAAAGAAAUUUACAAUAAUUAUUGAUUUAAUGCAGCAUUUCGUGGAACGUAGUGAAAAAGAAUUUCUUCAUAAUUAUUAAUAUAAUGUAACAUUUAAUGUAAUGUAAUGAAGUUAUGAAAUUAAUGUUUGAUCAUAGAUAUAUAUCAUACCUCAUAAAUAUAGCUGUUUUUUUUAUUUUUAUUUUUAUUUUCCGAAAUUUUUACUUUGUAAAAUUUGGCGUAAUAUAUCUCAGCAUACUGAUAUAAUUCUUGAAACAUCUUCAGUUUUAAGGUUUCAAACACGAAUUCUAAUAUUUGAAAACUGUAACACAUUUAAAAGUCAGUUUUAAAGAUGAUGAAAUUCUAAAAAAAAAAAAGUGAACAGUUUAUAAUAACACAAUGUUAAACUAAAAGACAUUUAAUAAAAGUAGUACUUUAUUUACGAGUAAAUUGACUAAAAGAUUUUUCCAUUAAGAAAAGGAUGGAAAAAUUUCCAUUUUUCCAUUAAAGAUUAAGUCAUUUCUGCUACAUAUGCACAAUCAUCAUUUUUAUAGUUGCUUAAAAUACAUAACAAAUUUCACUAACAAAUUAACUUUAAAUAAAAUUUAUAACACCAGUAAAGUUCAAUUAGUAUCUUUAUCGAAUUAUAUAUUUUAAAUCUAUUUUUUCGAACAUCGCCAUCAUUAUGGCGGUGUUAUUCAAUCCACCGCUAUCGAUUAUUUUUAAACUAAGAACAAAUCGUAUGCUGAGAUUAUGAAUUCAUGAUUUCCCGAAAACGUUUUCUCGUUAGAAAGAAACAUUUUUCAUUUCCAGCUCUUCUAAUUGAUAGUUAAUAUAAAUAUAUACGAAGAACAUGUUUCAUUCUUCACCGUUCUAUUCUUGCGACGUCUUAUUUUCUCAAAGCGGGUAGAACUUAAUUCUAAUUAUCUUAAAAAUGAAUUGUCACUGAUGACCAAUGCUUAUUAUUCUAAAAUAACAUGAAUAAACUGCUCAUUUAAAACGUAAA